UAGAUGUUGUUGGGCACAGGACACCAAGUCAUUUGAUACUCGUCAGUCGGUUCUGUCGCUCUCCAUAUUCAAAACUGACAUCCUGUACCCAAAAUUCUAUCACUCAUGUCCCCUCCCUCACACUGUCUUUAUUUGCUCUUCUUUACUCUUUUGAUCAUGCCAACAACAAGUGUCCAUCUUUUCUUCCACCUAAAUACAUUCACCCCACAACCUGUUCGAUAAAAGUCCUCAACCAUCUGAUAUCGAUGCAUAGAUUACACUAGAGGCUGAUACAGAUUAUGGAAACUAAUGGGUUUGUCUAAUCUGAGCUGGGUUUCAUCAGAUUUCACAGGUUGAUAUUUGAAUGAUCAAUAAGGUUUGUUUACUUUGCUUUUGGAUGGGUGCAAGUCUGUAUCAAUGAUCAUCACUGAUUCAUAUUCAAUUCUUAGAAAUUCUGACGAAACAGAGGAGGUAAUUUGAAGAAUAAAAGAUGGACCAAAAAACAUGGUUUCUAGGGAAAAAAUAUCCAGAAAAAUCAAAUGUUGUAAGGAGUGAAGCUAAUAUCUAUGCAAAAGCAAACGAAGAACAGAAGCUUCCGUAUGGGAAACAAGUAGCUUUAGAGGAAACUGUAAAGAACCUCCAUGAACAGAUAGCUUGUCUUCUCUGUGAAUGCAAUGCGAAAGAUAGACUAAUGGCUGAGCAUGUAAAAGCAGCACAAGAAGCUAACUCAGGGAAGGAAAGGGCUGAAGCAUUAGUGGCGAUACAGAAGCAAGAACUAGAAAACGUUAUACAGCAAAAAGUAGCUGCGGUCGAGAGAUUGAUUCACUUAAACGCUGCAUUAAAGAAUUGCAAGCGGGAAUUGAGUUGUACAAAAAUAGAGCAAGAUCGAAAGGUUAUCCUCGAGAAAGCACACAAGAAACUAGAGUCGAAAUAUAUAGAAGCAAAGAAAAAACUUGCAAAUCUAACGGUUGAGAAUGCUCGGCUUACUAAAGCCCUUGAAAAGAAAGAGGAAAUAAUCAAAGACGUAAAUAAUCAAAUUUCCAAAGCAACUGCGGAGUUCAAUGCACUUGUUUCAAGAUGUGAUUCAACCGAAAGAGGAAACAACGUUUUGAAACACGAGUAUGGUCUUCUUAAGAAAGAGCUCAAGAUCAAAAGCCGACAUGCCGUCACGGCAAACAGGCAACAGCUAGAAACCGAACGUCAAAAGCUGCGGAUGUUAGUGAAGAAGCGGGGCCCGGGGCAUCCGAAGAACCAUUCUAAAGCUGUGGGGAGAAGAAUGAGUUUACUAAUAAAACAGUUGAGCCAAGUGGAAGAAGAAAACGGGAUUCUCAAAGAAAGCGCAUGUAAAAGAGAGCAUGAAAUUCAUGUCUUGAAAGCGGAACUUGCUCGAAUGAGGCAUGAUGAACAAUAUAACGGCAAAUCGUGUAUGAACGAAAUGAACGAUCACUUUGAGAAUCUGAGAUUAACUAACUUUGAUCUCGAUCAACAACUUUCGGCUGCCAAAGUUGAGUUAAAAGAAGCUCUUCACAAAACAUCGUUUCUAGAAAUGGAAUUGGAAGAUAAAGGUCAUCUUUGUAGAGAACUAGAAGCAACAUGUCUCGAGCUACAAUUCCAACUAACCAGUAAGGAUGUAGUUACCGAAGAUGUCGAGCAAGAAGAAAAAACGCUUCUGCCCGGAAUGAAGAUUACAAAAGAGUUGACUAAUGACAAGUUGACCGAUCAUUCUUCUUUACAUGAUCAUAUGACGGCAGAGGAUGGUGUUGAGUGGGAGGUUGUUCUAAGCCCCCCAGUGAUCAAGGAAAUCAUAAACGCUACAGAAACAGAAGAACCGUACAUAGUUGUACCUCGGGCUCUAUCGAUUGUACAGGUUAAGAAGCGAGUUAAACGUUAUGAGUUGCUAAGGAGGCUUCUGUUUAGAGGUAAGAGGGGUUGCUACAAGAAGAGGCUGCUUUGCUUUGCUGCAUACAAGGUUUAGCAAGAAACAUAGGCGGGCUUUGAGGUAAUGAGGUGAACUCUUCUUUCGGGCUGGCCACAUUUCGAUAGUGUCACAAUAUAUCCUGUAGUUGAGCAAGGUUGAACGCUGGAAAGCCAAAGCGUUGGCCCAGAACAUGAUGCAUGUAUAAAGAUAGAUUUCCGUCUUCAAAGACUUAAAAACUUGCUUUUGUAAAUACUUACAUAGAAGUGUAUUUAGGCACACUAACCAAUGGGCUUGUAGCCUAGCGGUAUAAGAUGUGUAAUAAAGGUGUUCUCCCCACAUGGUUGAGGGUUCUAGUACAAUGGCGGGAUUUGGGGGUGUGAGUCGGCCGUUCUAAACAACUAUCAUAUCAUGAUAGCUUCAAUAACUGAUUAUGCGAUAUAGGUACUGAUUUUCUGUUCGAUUUUGUUUCGUUUUGGUCUUAAAUUUGAAAUGAGAUGUUAAGUUGAAGAUGUA